AUGACAGUACAUUUCCUGCUGCAUUUUAGUGCUUUCGCUCGUUUCGCUGGCUUCUGCGCAGCUCAAACAUACUUUGACACGCCACCUGGUGCAUUUCGUCCGUUUGGCCCAGGAUAUACCAAAGGCGCUUACCCUCAAGACUUCAAUGUCGUCGGUCAGGAACUGGAGGCCGUACACGACAGUCAGCAGCCUUCUACUGGACUGGCUAUUGAUAACGAGCACAAUCUGUAUUUCACGUACCCUCGCAAUGCGGCUUUGACGCCAAACAACGUUGUUGUCUGUACAUCAUUCAACGACGAAAAGCCGUGGCCGAACGCUGCUAUUCAGAAUUGUUCUGCGAGCCAGGACCCCAGCACGUGCUUCAUCAACGUCCAAAACAUCGUUCUCGACGAUUUGGGCCGGCUUUGGGUUGUCGAUAGUGGCAUUCCGUAUGGCACACCAUCCGGCUCUAAUGCUGUCUAUGGAGGCGCGAAGCUCAUGAGCUUCAAUGCAACGACCCGCGAUCUUAUUCGUACCUACAUCGUUCCGCAAGAUCUGCUGGCACACGGAAUGAACAUGAACGAUCUACGACUUAACACUACCCUUGGCUACGCAUUCAUGACGGACGCCAGCAGGAACAGCUCACUCGUAGCGAUCAAUCUAGAUGACGGCAGCGGAGUCCGCAGAUUGUCUAACGAGAGUGUAGUCAGAGCAGAUGAGAAGUAUGUGGGAUCCUACGAUGGUGAACUCAUCUACAGCUGGAACGGUACACAAAGGAACCACAUCGUGACUGCUGCAGAUGGCAUUGCUCUUGCUUCGGGAAACUUCUACUGGGGCGUUCUCGCAUCGCGCCGCUUUUACUAUAUCUCACAGGAGGUCUUGGUCGACACGAAAAGAACCAACGCUGAUGUUCUCGCAGCUGUUCAAAAUCCAGGCCAAUGCGCUUCUGAGCAAGCCGGCUUCACUGCAGACGACAAAGGCCGAGUCUACAUAGCAGCAAGCGAGCAAAACGCCAUAUACUACGUUGACACUUUGCAAUCACAGACCAACAUGACUGUCAAUGGUCAUGUGCCGAGUGACUUCGGACCCAUUCCAGCGAACAACUAUGUGCUGAAGACGCUCAUACGGAAUGCCAUGAUCCAACAUGCAGACAGCAUGGCAAUCUUAGAUGGAUGGCUGUACUUCAAUACCAAUCAGCUCACCUUGGGUCCACCAUACCAAUACAACAACAUCGAUAAGCGCAAAGGACCGUUUCGAAGUUUCAGGACCUGGAUUGGACGAGGACCAGCUGCUUGA